AUGAACGGUUGUAAGGAGGUUAUCACAUACGAGGCACUCGAGAAGCAUGAAACACAGUGUGGUUAUCAACCUCAACAAUGUUCUGGUUGCCAGUCAGUGAUCUCAAAAAACGAUUUGCAGGAGCACGAGACUGUGUGUCUAUUGAUUGUAUUUACCUGUGUAGAUUGCAAGAUUAUCUAUAAGCGAGGCGAUGCUUCAGUAUGUCACACCGAUAUCAUAUGUCUCAGAAAACAACUUCAAGAACUUCGGAAUGAAUCUCAAGGUGAGAUAAGAAGACGUAAUCAAGAACUGGAACAGUCACAGCAGAAUAAGCAACAACUUGGUGAAUUACGAGAACUAUUGAGUAAGUCUGCAAGUGCAUUUCAAAAGUGA